AUGGUUAAAAUGGUUGGAAAAUUCAUUAGAUGGAUGAAAAAGGGUCAUAAGAAAAAUGAUGCGGACAUUUCAAUAUCACUACGACAACCCCCACUCACUCCUUUAUUGCAGCCUGCGGUUGAAGAAGCUUAUUAUAACAAAUAUCGUUUGUUACUUUCCGCAGUAAUCCAUGGAUAUACUAUCACUGAAGAAUGGUACUCUGGAAGUACAAACAACGUGUGCAAAGGAAUUAAGGAUUCCCGGGAAUACGCUUUAAAAUUCUUCAAAGACGAGGCUGCCUUUAAAAAUGAAGUUGCCAUUUUGACCCUUUUGAAAAAUUCUCAGGUUGAGAAUAUGGAAAAAAUUAUUGUCCUCGAACAUGGUAUUUGCGAUUUACAAACUUACAUUCGGAAACCGACUUGGAUUCAAAGUCGUCAACAUACUGAUGAAAUAAAGAAAAAAAUCGUAAAGGGUGCUGAAAAUCUUGGAACAUGGAAGUUGAUAGAUUUCGAUACAUCACGUAAAAUUUCGGCCCCAACAACAAUAAAUACCGUAAAUUAUUGUUGUCCUGAAGUCGCAAAAGCUGAUUUUGUCGGCAAAACAAAGAAAGCUCACCCAUCAAUGGAUAUGUUUUCUUUUGGUUUGGUUCUUUUUUUUAUAGAAACUGGAUAUCAUUAUUGGAAACGGAGAGAUUUAUGGUCGAUUGGUCCACCAUUAACAAAAAUAGAAAAGUUAGAAUUUCUUCGGUCUAAGGAAUCCCUCACCGUAAGCGUCGAUGAUAUUGACAAUGUUAAUAAAAGAGACAUUAUAAAUCAUUUAUUAAAACCGAAAAAGCAAAGAAUGACAUUAACGCAAUUCAAGAAAACUGUGUAUUAUUCUGAGGAUAACAAUGAAGAUAUAAUAAACGCGAUUAUUCUGUUAGACAGAGAAGAAGAGGAUAAAUACAAACAACUCAUGAGUCUUAUUCCACAAGAGUGGGAAAAAAUUGGUCCUCAGAUACAUCAAAUAGUGAAUGAACUUCCACCAAUCGCCAAUGGUCAAGCUGAAGUUCUUGAUCUUGAUGAUGAUGCUUCUCAUUAUUAUAUACUUAAUUCAUCUGGGCUUCGUGAAUUGAAAGAAUAUUUUAACAGCACAAAUAUGCUUCCUGGACGUCUUAUUGAAGCCCGUCGCAAUGAUACCAAUGAUUUUGUUUGGAUUUGUGAAAGACAUUCACGUGACCAGCUUUAUGAGGCGAAUUUCUUGGCAUCAGGUUCAAAUGUUUCGCACUCCUCAUAUAUUGCAGACAUGGAAAGCAUUCCCGUCAAUAAUGUUAGGGCAAUUAUAAAUGAUAUUGUCGAAAAUGCAAGUUUUCGCCCAAAAAUCAUUGACGAAUUCAAAAAUAUUACAACCUCAACCAUGGAUAUUCUUGAAUUAUGGUUUCAAGAUGGUAAUGCCACCGUUAAUGAUAGGGAGUUUUUGGCGGAUUCAUUAGAAAAAUACAAUGAGCUUUUAUUACGAUUAUUGAGUUACCAAGUUCAUCGCUACCAUGUACAAGGUGAAUAUGAUAAAAUUGAUGGCAGCAUUGUAUCAUAUGAUGAUUCUUUUCUAAGGUAUGAAGAUGAUAAGUUUGCUAUGUGGAUUACUCGUAUAAAUGAACUUUAUGAAUUAUAUAUCAAACAAAUCAAAGACCAUUGUCUUUCAACUACACUCCUGCGUGAAUCUUACGUACCCAUAAGUAAAAUUAAAGAGCUUUCAAACGUUAAUAAAAGGCAUGGUUCCACCUUCCGUGUAGUAAAAAGUAAAACCGAUAGUAACAUGGUAGCUGAGAAACGUCUGCUCAAGAACGCCAUAAAUUUGAAUAUGCUUUAUAUAUCUCCUCCCGCAAACUAUAAACAUAGUUUACGUAAUCGAUGGAUGGAGCCACAACAAUUACUAAACCCACCACAGAGUAAAUUGGAUUUUAAAUCUGAUAUUUAUAGCAUGGCCAUAUUAUUCUGGGAAAUUACUGAUGGUCGAGGAACCUUACCACACGCACAUGUACCAGAUAGAUUGCUUAAGCAAUAUGUAGUUGAUCAAAAGGGGCGAGAUGGAUUACCUUAUGACGAUGAAUAUCAUAUUUUCAACAAAUUGGUACGUAAAAUGCCUGAAACAACGCAAGUUGUAACCAUCCUUGAAAGACUUUCAAAUAUUAAGG